AUGAGUAGUGACUUUCCCCCUCCAGCAGCUGAGCUGCUGUGCUAUGAGAAUGUGAAUGGAUCCUGUAUCAAAACUCCCUACUCACCAGGACCCCGCCUGAUUCUAUACACAGUGUUUGGCUUUGGAGUUCUGCUGACUGUAUUUGGAAACCUCUUGGUGAUUAUUUCAAUUCUUCAUUUCAAGCAGCUGCAUUCUCCAGCCAACUUUUUGAUCGCCUCUCUGGCUUGCGCUGACUUCUUGGUGGGAGUGACUGUGAUGCCCUUCAGCACAGUGAGAUCUGUGGAGAGCUGCUGGUACUUUGGACAGAGUUACUGCAAAUUUCACUCUUGUUUUGAAGGGUCCUUCUGUUAUGCCUCUAUCUACCACUUGUGUUUUAUUUCUCUCGAUAGGUACAUUGCGGUCACGGACCCGCUGGUGUACCCAACUAGGUUCACUGUAUCUGUCGCUGGCAUGUGUAUUGCCUUCUCCUGGCUCUUUUCAAUUAUUUUCAGUUUUUCCCUUCUUGGUACAGGUGCAAAUGAGACUGGGCUGGAGGAUCUAGUAAGUGCUCUCACCUGUGUGGGAGGCUGUCAAAUUGCAGUGAAUCAAAACUGGGUAUUGGUAGAUUUUCUAUUAUUUAUUGUUCCCACCCUUGUGAUGAUAAUUCUUUAUGCCAAAAUUUUCCUUGUGGCAAAGCAACAAGCUAGAAAAAUUGAAAAUAUGGCCAAUAAUGCUGAGGGAUCAUCAGAGAGCUACAAGGAGAGAGUGGCCAGGAGGGAGAGAAAAGCAGCAAAAACACUGGGAAUCGCAGUAAUAGCCUUUCUGAUUUCGUGGCUGCCAUACUUCAUUGAUUCAAUAAUUGAUGCCUUCCUAGGCUUCAUCACACCCACAUACAUUUAUGAAAUAUUGGUUUGGUUUGGCUACUAUAACUCAGCAAUGAACCCUUUGAUAUAUGCUUUCUUUUAUCCUUGGUUUCGAAAAGCAAUCAAACUAAUUGUUACUGGUAGAGUCCUGAGGAAAAAUUCCUCAACAAUAAACUUGUUGCCUGAGUAG